GCACGACGACCGGUAACUUCACCAUGUCCUCAAAGCCACUGUACACGAAUUCCUACAGCGAGCCUGCCCCGGAGGACCUCAGCAACUGCUAUGGUCCCGACCCGUAUGACCUCAACUUCAUAUGGCCCAUCGACUUCUCACUCCUCGAAUCUGAACGUGUGAAGCUCGUCCCGUUCAUCCCUCGUCUUCAUGCACAAAUCUACGUCGACCACGCAGCCUCUUCUCCGGAUAUGAGUCGGUGGCUGCCUUUCGAUCUUUCUAAACUCGAAGACGUGCUGUCGUUCGUCGAGUCCUUCAUACGCAGAAGUCCGAGCUGCAUCGCGUUUGCAGUGAUGGACAAGGGGAGCGAUGGGAAGGAUGUGGAGGGGAAGAUGGCGGGUGUGAUCGCGUUGAUUAAGAGCGACAAGAAUUUGGUGACGGAGUUGGGAUGGGUAGUGACGUUCCCCGAGUAUCAACGCACUUAUGUGACGGGCAACGCGAUCGGAAUCCUGCUGAGAUUCUGCCUCGAACUUCCGUCAAAGACGAAAGGCGCGCUGGGACUUCGGAGAGUGCAGUGGACAGCAAAUCCACUGAACCUCAAGAGUAUAGCCGCCGCAAAAAGGAUGGGUAUGAAGGAGGAAGGGACGCACAGAUGGGUAUUCGUGUUGGCGGAGGGUAAAGAAGGCCAUGCGACGAGAGAGGGAGACCCGAAGCAGAGUCGGCUUGGUCGAGGAAGCACGAUGUUAGCAAUGUGUUGCGAUGACUGGGAGAAUGGAGGAAGGGAGUUCGUACAGAAGAUGAUCGACCUCAGGCGGUGA